AUGGCGGAGGCGGACAGCUCGGAGCCCAAUAAUUGUCUGUCAGGAAACCAACAAACUGCUGAUGGAUUCUGCUCUAGCCCUAUCUUUGCUUUUCCUACACCACAGCGGCAACAGCCUGUCAUUUCCCCCCUCUCCCAGUCUGCUCAGCCUUCAUCGCUGCCUAAACCAGUGUCCACCACCCAUCAUGUGCCCUGUGUCCCCCACGCGCCUCAUGUAGCAGCCCUGGCCACCUGUCCUGGACGAGGCAAGAUUGCCAAGUUCAUCAGUCCGGAGGAAAUGACAUCACGGGACUAUUACUUUGACUCUUAUGCCCACUUUGGCAUUCAUGAGGAGAUGCUGAAAGAUGAGGUGCGGACUCUGACGUACCGGAAUGCCAUGUAUCACAACAAGCAUGUCUUCAAAGAUAAAAUCGUCCUGGAUGUGGGCAGUGGUACUGGGAUCCUCUCUAUGUUUGCUGCCAAUGCAGGAGCCAAACACGUGUACGGGAUUGAGUGUUCAAGUAUAUCUGAAUACUCAGAGAAGAUCAUCAAGUCCAAUCACCUACACAAUGUUAUUACCAUCUUCAAGGGCAAGGUGGAGGAGGUGGAGCUUCCCGUGGAAAAGGUGGACAUCAUCAUUUCGGAGUGGAUGGGUUACUGCCUCUUCUAUGAGUCCAUGCUCAACACAGUCAUCUUUGCCAGGGACAAGUGGCUGAAACCUGGAGGCCUGAUGUUUCCGGACCGGGCAGCCCUCUAUGUGGUAGCCAUCGAAGACCGACAGUACAAGGAUUUUAAGAUUCACUGGUGGGAAAAUGUGUACGGGUUCGACAUGAGCUGCAUUCGGAAUGUGGCUAUCAAAGAGCCUCUGGUGGAUGUGGUUGAUCCCAAGCAGGUCGUGACAAAUGCCUGCCUCCUAAAGGAGGUGGACAUCUACACUGUGAAGCCAGAGGACCUGUCCUUCACCUCGGCUUUCUGUCUGCAGAUUCAGCGGAACGAUUAUGUCCACGCACUGGUCACCUACUUUAACAUUGAGUUCACCAAAUGUCACAAGAAGACUGGCUUCUCCACUGCUCCAGAUUCACCCAGCACACACUGGAAGCAGACAGUGUUUUAUUUAGAGGACUACUUAACUGUCAAGAAGGGAGAGGAGAUCUUCGGCAGCAUCACUGUCAGGCCCAAUGAAAAAAAUGUGCGUGACCUGGAGUUUACCCUUGAGCUAGAUUUUAAAGGACAGCUGUGUGAAGCAGCCAUUUCCCAUGACUAUAAAAUGCGCUAG